CCCGCAGUCCGCCCGGGGCCGGCGCACUGCCUCCCGCGGCACAGGGGCUGCGGCCGCUCUCCCCGCGGCGGCGGCGCCGCCAUGGAGGGGCGCCCCGCACCCUAGAGCCGCUGCCCCCGGCCGCCCUGCCCUGCCCUGCCCUGCCCGGCGAUGGGAGCCGGCCCGGCCGCGGCAGCUGCGGGCGGGACGCCGCUCCCCGCCGGGCGGACGCUGGCGGCGGCGAGGGGAGCCGAGCGCGGGCUGAGGAGGGCGCCGCGGGAGGCAGAUGCGCUCCCGUUCCUGUAGGGUCUUCGUUGCUUCACCUCGGACCUAUGUGACUGCUGUGGAAGGAUCAUGACUGAAGUCCUCUUCUCUGCUGCUUUGAAUGGAACUGAGCCCAACCUGUUAUCCAGCAGCAGCUGGUCUGCAGGAAACACCACCACCAAGUGUUCCCUGACCAAAACUGGCUUCCAGUUCUAUUACCUGCCCACCGUCUACAUUCUGGUCUUCAUCACUGGGUUUUUGGGCAACAGUGUGGCCAUCUGGAUGUUUGUCUUCCACAUGAGGCCUUGGAGCGGCAUCUCGGUUUACAUGUUCAACUUGGCGCUGGCUGAUUUCUUGUAUGUCUUGACUCUGCCCGCCCUCAUCUUUUACUACUUCAAUAAAACAGACUGGAUCUUCGGAGAUAUCAUGUGCAAGCUGCAGAGGUUCAUCUUCCACGUGAACCUGUACGGCAGUAUUUUGUUUCUAACAUGCAUAAGCGUGCACAGGUACACGGGAGUGGUGCACCCCUUGAAGUCGCUGGGGAGGCUGAAGAAGAAGAACGCAGUGUACAUCAGCACCCUGGUCUGGGUCAUUGUGGUGGCUGUGAUUUCUCCAAUACUCUUCUACUCGGGAACAGGGAUAAGAAAAAAUAAAACCACGACGUGCUAUGACACAACAGCUGAUGAUUACCUGAGAAGUUACUUCGUUUACAGCAUGUGCACCACGGUGUUUAUGUUCUGCAUCCCUUUCAUACUGAUUCUUGGUUGCUAUGGGCUCAUUGUGAAAGCUUUGAUUUACAAAGAUUUGGACAAUUCUCCUCUCAGGAGAAAGUCGAUUUACCUGGUUAUUAUUGUGUUGACAGUCUUUGCUGUGUCUUAUCUUCCCUUCCAUGUGAUGAAGACCUUAAAUCUAAGAGCCAGAGUGGAUUUUCAGACUCCACAAAUGUGUGCCUUCAAUGAUAAGGUUUAUGCCACUUACCAAGUGACGAGGGGUCUGGCCAGCCUUAACAGCUGCGUCGACCCUAUUCUUUACUUUCUGGCAGGUGACACCUUUCGAAGGCGGCUUUCCAGGGCUACCAGGAAAUCGUCCAGAAGAAGUGAACACAACGUGCAGUCCAAAAGCGAGGAAAUGACUCUCAAUAUUUUAUCAGAGUAUAAACAGAAUGGAGAUACCAGUUUGUGAACAAAAGCAGAAGAUUUGGGAACGGUUUGAAAAUAUCCACUUUGAGACAGUAGGACACUGUAGUGCUACAAGUGUGUGAGGAAAAUCUACCAGCCUCUCAAAUUCGGUUUAGGUAAAGCCUCAUUUUCUGAUCUUAGAAAAAGCUUAACAAAGUCAGUGGAAGAAUUUUAAUGGAGAAUAACAUGUCAAAAUUCAGCUUUCCUUCUCCUUACAACAUUCUCAUUUCUUUCUGACUUGUGUCAGAUAAAGUAAAAUGAAGUAAAUCCCCUGAAGGAGGAAAGCAAUCCAAGUGCUUCUGUUUUAAUGACUUAGUCUCCCACGUUCAGAAAUGUUCUCCAUCAGCCUCUCUUCAAAAACAGGAAAUAAAAAUAAGAAAGAGCAGUGUCUUCUCUUCUGAGGCUCAGUCCACAUACCUAGCCUUUUGCUCACUUGCCAUUGUAAACAUGUAUUUAAAUCAAAGUCACGAUGCAGUUGUCUCACCUUUACAGUUUUAUUAUUUCUUCAUCUACUUCUAGUGUUGAUGAUUAUUUGAUAGUUCGGUAGCAUUUAUGAUUCAGUCUUCUUUGAGUGCUGGUAUUUCACAAAAGGGAGGCUUACUGAUGUGUGCAUGAUUGUGCUUUCAGAUUACGAUGGUGGUUCAUGAAAAAUCUGGACCCCCCCUUAAAGGCAGAUUGGCUUCCAGGUGAACUGACACCUCAGCCACUGGCAGACAGAUAAGCAGGUCUCUCUAGGAGCCGGUGCAAGCAGGUGCCUCUUUUGCACAUGCACACGUAGUGGUGCAUUUUGUGAAUGGAUGUCAGCGUGCAAAUGCGUGUGGAGGUGAUUUGGUUCUGAGCAACUGACGGUCUGAUCCUGCUGAGGAAAACCGGCAUGUUGCCAGCCAGAGGAACUGUGGGACGGGGCUGAGCACGGACUGGGCUCACUUGGGGAGCGCCUGCAUGAGCCCUGCAGAGCCAGGGGUGAGCCGCCCUUCCCAAAGGCUGACCAACAUCUUGCCGCAGUGCAAACACCCGACUGCUGGUGUUGGGAGCCUUGCUGGAGUUCUUUACGGGUAAAACAUGAGAAAUGUAUGUGCUGAAAACAACUUAACCUUUCAGACAAGUAAAAACUACAGUUGCUCGAGUUACCUGCAUUUUCAUUUGGUACAAGAAUAUUUCUAUUCCUGGCAAUCUUUAGUGAUAACGCAGAGUUGUUUCCCAAGAAAAUAAUUAUUAAAAUGGGUAAUAUAGAUGGAUUAUAUUAUAUACACACACAUACACACACUAAUUGGGGGGAAUUAGUUUUUUUUUACUGUGACAAAUAAACUAAUGUAUUAACAAGAUGUCGCAAUAUACUACAGACUAAAUCCAGCCCUUUGUUAUAUAUCUUCUCCAAAUGUGGAAUAGGUGAUCCAAAAUUAGCCAAACUGCAAUAUUGUGUAACACAAGAGCUAGUGAUCAGAGCAGAUGAAAGCUUACAUGGGCAGUCUUACUCAUUUCUCAUAUUUUUAAGAAAUGUAUUUGAAAAUAUUGUGUGCAAAAAAUGGUAUGAAAGCAUGCUCUAAAUUAUAAAUUCAGUGUACAAACUUACGUUCUAUGUAAUCCUGAGGGUGAUUUUUAAUAGAUCUUUGUUCCUCCAGUCUUCAUAGUAGGAGUAAAAUAUUUAUAUUUUACUCAUUUCCAGUGAUUGGUAACCAACAAGGAUAGCUCUAGUUAUUUUUUGACAACAUUGUGAAGCAGCUUCUGUUCACACGUACAGCUUCUUAAUCUGCAAAAUCCCUAUUUAUUGAACUUAUUUAUUAGAAAACUAAAUGUAAAGUAUGUAAAGUGUGGUUCUCUGUGUUCUUAUUCAGAAUUGGGCAUUAAUGGAAAAUUUAACAGCAUGUUUCAAUCACUGUAAUACUGUGUCUUCUAACAGAUCGUUUUUAUAAUAAACUCAGUUCUACCCUGGC